AUGAGCAGCAAGCAUUGCGAGACGGUGAAGGAAGAGUACGACAAGUGCUUCAACAUGUGGCUGACUGCCUUUCUCAAGGACCCAUCAGCAGCACAGUCAAGCGACACAACGACACAGAAGACAGAGUCGGGGAUAGAGGAACACUUUACACCGUGCAAGGAGCUCUUCGACGCUUACCAGGCGUGCUUGGAGGAUGUGCUCAAGGAUCAAGGACUAACACGCGACGACUUACACUUGAACGAUGACAAAGACGGAAGAAACCAAUAG